CAACUUAGAAACCAGCGGUGCGGAGGUCACCUCCGGCGCUCGACCCUUGUGGUCCUCCCUGCUCAGUCCUGUCAAAUUUGCUCCUGGGUCUUUAAGGGGCGAGACCUGCUCGUGGCUUGCAGAUUGCGUCAUUAUCUUGCGCCUCGGGCCUCGGUCUCCACGUGGACUCAGUGAAACAGCGACCCGGCAUCAUGGCGGGAGUAGAAACUAGGAACCCAGUGGGAGCUGAGGCCCCGCAGCCUCAGAAGCGCUACUACCGGCAACGUGCCCACUCCAACCCCAUGGCGGAUCAUACGCUGUGCUACCCUGUGAAGCCAGAGGAAAUGGACUGGUCUGAGCUAUACCCAGAGUUCUUCGCCCCACUCACUCAAAAUCAGAGCCACGAUGUCCCAAAGGAUAAGAAAGAACAGCGAACUCAGGCCCAAGUGGAGUUCGCAGACAUAGGCUGUGGCUAUGGUGGCCUGUUAGUGGAGCUAUCACCACUGUUCCCAGACACUCUGAUUCUGGGUCUGGAGAUACGUGUGAAGGUCUCAGACUAUGUACAAGACCGGAUUCGGGCCCUACGCACAACUCCUGGAGGUGGCUUCCAGAAUAUCGCCUGUCUCCGUAGUAAUGCCAUGAAGCAUCUUCCUAACUUCUUCCGCAAGGGCCAGUUGACAAAGAUGUUCUUCCUCUUCCCUGACCCACAUUUCAAGCGAACGAAGCACAAGUGGCGAAUCAUCAGUCCCACACUGCUGGCAGAAUAUGCCUACGUGCUAAGAGUUGGGGGGCUGGUAUAUACCACAACUGAUGUGCUGGAGCUACACCACUGGAUGUGCACCCAUUUUGAGGGCCACCCCCUGUUUGAGCGUGUGCCUCUGGAGGAGCUGAGUGAAGAUCCCAUUAUAGGACAUCUAGGAACCUCAACAGAGGAGGGAAAGAAAGUUCUACGCAAUGGAGGAAAGAAUUUCCCAGCCAUCUUCCGAAGAAUACAGGAUCCCACCCUCCAGACAAUGACCCCCAAUCCUACCCUGCCUGGUCACUGACUACCUAACCUGCAUUAGCUGGACCCCAUCUUCCAGGGACAGGAAAGAUCAGGCCCUUUGGGCCUUCCCAGCUGAACCUGGUGGGACUGGGCUCCAAGAAGUUGGGGAGGUGACUGUGUUCACAACUACCCCAGCUCUUCUCACUUUCUCAUUCCUUCAAUGCCAGCAGAAAGCAAAAGCAGAUGACUGGGAAGGACAAGGACCUUGGACCAUAGGAGACCUUUGGAAGGGUGUGGGGUCUUGUUCCCUGUAAUACUCCCUUCUCCUUGUGGAGUCUCUCCUCAGCUAGAGUGAAGAAUGCAAUGUCCCACUGUCUAAACUCUUA